UGUGAGCUUGGCAAAUGUGACAUGACCUGACAAACCUAGCCAGACCAGUUGAGCAUGGCCUGGCGGGCUGUCCAAAGCCAUGGGCUGGGAGAAAUUGUGCAAGAGAAAAGUUGCUAUCGUUUGCGACUCUGAUGAUGAGAGCACGAUCACCACGAUCACCACGAUCACCUCCAGGGACUGCAAGUGCAAAAAGACCCUGAGCGUUUCAGAGAAAAAAAUUGAAAUCGAGAUCGACAGCGACGAUAGCGACGAUAGCUUGGAAACAUUGGAAACAGUACCGAGAAAAGAUCUUGAUGAACUCAUUGGACCGGACUUUCUGGGUACCCCGAAGUCCAAGAGGUUGCCAGCUCUAAAAGAUCCACCUUCCGCGAAGGUACGGUUCCUGAAGCUCAGGCCGGAUACACCCGAGAAGCUGCCAACGGUGAAGCAGGUCACUCCAGGUGAACAAAUCGAGCCCAACAGCUCUAAACCUGGAUCAGAUCGGUCAGAUCUCCAUCCAAAGUCUGGAAAGUCUGAGCGCUUCGUGGAGAAAAUCAGGUCGACGAUUAAAGAUCAGCCCCCUGAAGCUGAAAAAUCUGAAAAACCUUUGCCUCCAAAAGCUUCGCCAUUGAUGUUCCGGCUUGACAACUCCAGGGCAUCACUUUUAAAACCAAAGGCACCUCGGAAGUCCAAGCAUUUUCCUCACAGAGUUUCAGCUCCACCUCCAGUCCUUGACUGUGAUGAGUUGCUGGCCUCAGCCGCCGGGAAACGGCUGGCUGACCCGGCUGUCCCGGCUGUGGCCCCACAGCUGCAACGGCCCGGGGUGGCACUGGUCAUCAAGAAGCGCUGGUGUGAUGAGAUCUUCGAGGGAAGCAAGGUCUGGGAGAUUCGAGGAAGUUCUUUGGCGAAGAGAGGCCGCAUUUGUAUCGCGCAAUCGAAGUCGCAAAUGCUGGUGGGAGAAGUUGAGAUUGUCAACUGCCUGAAGGUGGGCCGGAAGGUGGAUGGCAAGCUGGUCCCCUGGAGCAACAGCCGCCAGGACGUGCAGAACUUCAUCGGCGCGCGCGAGAAUCUGCCGAAGCAUUGCGUAGAAGACCUCAGCUGGGUGCCCUAUUCCAAGGUCUUUGCCUGGGUCCUGGACAAGAAGCUCCGCUAUGCUGAGCCACAGCCAUAUCGCCACAAGAAAGGCUGCAUCCAGUGGGUGAAGCUGGAGCCUGGCCUCGAGGCCAAGCCCCGGCACAGCUUCGGCGUGCGCCGCAGGUCGCAACUGGGGGCGGCCUCGCGGAGGGCGCGGCCGGUGCAGCCGGUGCAGCCGGUGCAGCCGGUGUUGAGUGCAGUGGCCUUGAGACCAGCCACCAGCAAUGAACCUGCCUGGAGGGUUCCAGCAAAUGCACAUGUCAAAUUUCUGGAGGAUGAUCCAGAUCCUCCACACCAUGGAGAGCCAAUUGACGUGGAUUAGUCAAUUGGUCACUAAACCAUGCACAGGUCAUGGUGGGGAAGCAUCAAAGAUGCAUCGUGGACAGGAGCGCGUGCAAGCGUGUUUGUACGUGUGCAAAA